AUGGAAAUUCCGGACGACGACGAGGUCAUGCAGCACUGCCUAGCUGUGGAUUGCUCUAAGCCGUUUUAUGCUGGAACUUUCGUUACUCGCCUUCGGGCAUUUGCUAUCAAAUACGGCCACGUAUCUCGAGAAGAAGUGAACAAUCAGCGACACGCUCAUGAUGUCCUUAAUCCCAACAUCGUCCGAGUACCGCAGGUAUUUCGAUAUUUCAGUGCCGCUGGCAAAGACUACUUGGUCAUGGAGUACGUGGAGGGCGAGCCAAAGACAGUCAUUCUCGACGACGAGACGAUAGAUACGGUUGCUAGAAUAGUCAACCAUUUGCAUGGCUUUACGAGUCAGCAGGCGGGUCCCGCAGGUGGAGGGCGAUGUUCUGGUACGCUUUGGCCAGAGGACGAGGAUAUUACGAUGCUCAGCAGUCAAGACAUCGAGUAUACGGUAAACUCUAGGACUUCAAGCACGUCUCGCCGAUUCAACCUUGGGGAGUCGCCAUUGGUCUUCACUCAUGGUGAUGUAGCACCUCGGAAUAUUCUGUUCUCAAGAUCUGGCAUAUGGUUCCUCGACUGGGAAUUCGCAGGUUACUUCCCUCGCGCUGCUGAGUUUGCUGCUCUAAGUCAGGAUUAUGGAGCAAAUGUAGAAGACAUUCGCUUCCGGCAGCGUGUGCUCGAUACUCUGAAGAGUACAGCCCCGCUCAGUGAUAAUGAGACCUGCCAGGCGCAGCUCCUACUUGAAUAUGCUUUCAACAACAUUCGGUUUGCAUGGCCUCGGGUACAAAGUCACAAGAGUCAAUUGGGGACCACAAGAAAGAAGAGAUGCCCCAUCGAAGCGGAACGCUACGUUGACAUUGAGCUCGAGCUAGCACGAAGAAUCGAAACUGAGCUAGCACCGCAAAAUGACACCCACUAA